AUGCUAGGCCAUAUCACCCGAAAUAUUGCAUCGAAUGCAAUUGUCUCUUCUGCUUUAAGGAGGACAUUUACAACGACUGCUAAAGCAAAUAGUGGAAGGGCUGCCAAGUUUUUAAAGGCUCAGAAAAGGAAACAAUUGAAUAUAGAGAAGCAAGAAUCUAUACAAAAUUCCUUAGAAAAAGUGGAUCCGGUAUUUGGGAAGAAGGAUACGCCGUUCAUAGUGCGUAUUUUGGCAGAACUAAAGGAACCAUUAGUCCUAUCAUCUGGUUAUGAUAUUGACGAAGUGGAAAAAUUUUUAGCAGCUGUGGAGUCUACAAAGACUGAGCAAAUUGAGUCAUCGGGUUUAAACUCUGCCCUCCUUGAACUUGAUGAUGCCGAGACUUUACAGGAUAAAAGAGAUAUCGUGUUGAGAAUACUGAGUAUGAGAAAUGCGAAUAAUAAGACAUCUAUGAAGUUAGCAUUGAAUUUAGCCCUUAAAGAAUUUCAACGGUUCCCUGGUGAUACAGGAUCAAGUGAAGUACAGGCUGCAUGUAUGACCGUUCGUAUUCACAAUAUGGCAAAGCAUCUACAAGAUCAUAAGAAAGAUUUUGCCAAUGAAAGGAAAUUGCGAAUGCUGGUUCAACAGAGGCAAAGUAUUUUGAAAUACCUAAAGAGAGAUAAUGCAGAAAGAUAUUAUUGGGCAAUUCAGAAGUUAGGUCUCACAGAUUCUGCUGUGAUGGAAGAAUUUAAUAUGGAUAGACAGUAUAUGCGAGACUAUAAAUUCUUUGAAGAUAGGACAAUGCUUUGA